UAUUCUUUCUUAUGCAUAUAUGUAUAUGUGUGUGCAUGUGGUGCAUAUCUUCCGUUCGCAAUCACAUUAUCCAAAAUCAAUUUUCGCAUGUUUUCUGAUGGAACAAUGGAGACUACUUGCUGAUAAUGAACCGCAGACAAUCAUGCACCAGUUCAUUGGAAUGAGGCUGUCUUGUUUACUCAAAGUUUAAAUUGACUCAUUUCUUUAUAAACUUGUAUUGCUACGUGGGUUGCCGUUUACAUUUCGGGAUUAGAGAACAAACGAUUAACCUCUGCUCUAAUUAAGGUAUCUCCAACACAUUCAUUCUGAACGCUUCAAUCGCAUCUUCAGGUGUCCAACUCUUUUAUGUACGGAAAGAAAAAUAAGUCAUUCGGAGGACUCAUUAAAUUGAAAGUUCAAGUAUUCAAGAAUGAAAUUGUUUCAGUCGAUGUUUGAGUACUCGCAUUAUGAUGAAGAGUGAUCCGUCUUCGGCGGUUGGUUUUCCUAAUUUCUUGAAAGAUAACUGCCAAACAAAUAAUUGUGUAACAUUAAAAAUUUACUGUUCUGUGUUGUUCUAGUGGCAUGGUUUAGAUACAUAGGUCCAGGUCAUGGACGUGUCUCGAAGCACAGCUAUCCUAUUUUGAACACUUCUCCCGACCAGUCGACACCAGCAUUUUUUUGAGCGAUCGACAAAUUGCGUGGCGAUACUGUAUUAUUAGUUUGCGCACAGCGCCAAUAAUUUCCGGAACAACAAUAGAUUUUGGACGAUCUUCACGAGAUUCUUCUUGGAGUGAAGUGCGACCUCGAUUGAUUUACUAUACUCUACUAUACCAUCGAUAAACAGUGGCGUAUGAGAAAGCUUCUUCGCCAAAAAUUGAAUUAAGCUCAUCGAUGCACUGUUGCUGAGAUAAUUCCAUUUGGCCAAGAAGAAUAUUUCAAGUUACUGUAAACAACACAGGUUGACAGGUAGUCAAAACGUUUUGUAUAACAUCAAAAAUGUCAAACUUUAUAAUGAAGUUGUCAGUUGCUAGAUUGAAACACCAUGGUUGCCAAAUAAUAUAAAAACCAACCUACCUACUAUAAUUUGAUGCCUAUUAUAUGCCUACAACCAAACACCCUUUAUUUAUGUAUUUAUAAACAUAGUUGCUAACAUACCCUAAGGAGCAUGAUAUUUAUCGAAUAUCCGAAAAAAUAUAUUUAACGUUCAUACAUACAUAUGUAUGUACAGUGUAAGCCGGGUAAAAAUAAAUAAUUACAGUUGGAGGAUAACUAAUGAGAAAAUACUUAUAUCUUUAGUAUAAUAUCAUGAAUUUCGAAAACUUAUUAUAGUUUAAAGUUAAAAGUUUGCUUAACUUGAUCUGGAUUUGCCUGCUGGGUGUGUUCAAGCGUAAAAAUACAUACAUACGGUAUGUAGAGUAUGUAUGUUUGGUAUGUGGCAUGGUUGGAAAUUGUCGUAUUAACAGAUUGUACUUGCUUGAACCAGAGAACGUUUUACAUUCUCUACUUGAACACAGUUGAACGCGAUCACCGGAACAGAACAAACGCGCUGGAAUACAAAAAAUAGAAUUCUUCCAGGGACAGCUGUACCUUUUUUCUUCUCUCAAUUAGUGAGAUGGCCGAAGAUCGUGAAUUGAUUGCAAAGUAUGGUAAGCCGAUGCCGUAUGAUAGGAAUUUCCGCGGACCAGAAUGGCGAAAUCGAAGUUGCACUGAUGUACCGUGUCUGCUGAUUUUUAUCCUAUUUUUAGGCGGAUGGGGUUUUAUUGCACAAUAUGCAGUGCGCAAUGGAGAUCUCAAUAAAUUGGUUGUGCCAACAGAUUCAUUCAAUCGGAAAUGCGGAAUCGAUUCAUCGGUAUUGGAUAAAAAGUAUUUAUUUUUUUUCGAUUUGGGAAAAUGCAUCGAUCCAGUUGUACCUCUUACGGGCUGCCCUACACAACAAGUUUGUGUAGAAAGCUGUCCUACACAGACUUUUAUCUGGGAUAGAAUGAAGAAUAGUCUCCCACUUGCUGAAUUAAGGAAGCGUUUGAUAUGUCUGAGUGACGUAGACAAAGACAACCUUCGAACCUUAGACAACAUGCAAGCAGCCAUUGACCAAGAACGAUGUGCGCGUGGAUAUAUGAAGAGUGCGCCAUUUUUGAAUCGUUGUAUGUGGGAGCUUUCUCCUGAGUUGUGUGAACUAAUACCUUCCUUCCUCCUGCCUCGUAAUAGACGCGAGGUAAAUGGGUCAAACAAUGAAACAGGAAAACUUCUCGAUACAUUAGUGGGUGAUAACUCAAAUUUGAUAGAAAUGAGGUUGGAAGCGCUUGCCUUGACAACAAUACCUGAAUCUAGUGAUAAAUCGAAGCAACAGCUCGCUGAAGAACCCAUGUUACAAUGUCGUCGUCGUACCGAGCAAGCCGAAACUAUCAAGCAAAAGGUACGUCAAGCUGACACGCACCUGGCUAAGUUGGUAGGUAAUAUGGUUGCACACUUCUACAAUGGAACACAUGAUGCACAACAGCUUGGGGAAGAGAUAGUGGAAGAUAUUAUGAACUCAUGGUUAAUUGUGCUGAUGGCUUUAAUGUGCACUUUGGUUGCUUCUUUGAUUCUAAUCGCCUUGAUGCGAUGGUUCGCUGCCCCGAUUCUGUGGUUAUCUGUUCUAGGUGUUUUGAUCGGACUUGGCUUGGGAAUUUAUUACAGCGUUAAGCAGUAUCGUUUUUGGCAUGAAACCGCAUCUGUACCCAACCAUUCGAUUAACUUGGAGGCAGCGGUAAAGAAUAUAUUUCAAGAUGCUAACACUUGGCUGUAUUUAAGCAUAUUUUUAAGCAUCAGUUUUGUUAGUAUUCUACUCCUGGUAAUCAUUCUACGUACCCGCAUCAAUAUAGCGAUUGCGUUAACAAAAGAAGGUAGUAAAGCGGUGUCAAGCAUUAUAUCAACUGUUUUUUUCCCAAUCUUUUCGUGGAUUCUUUUUAUUUUGGCUGUUAGUUUUGCGGUUGCAGUUGGUCUUUAUCUAGGCACUAUUGGUAACCCGUCCUUCCGUAUGAUACGUCAAUUGGACCCUAACAGCGUGACAGGUGUUUCAAGCGAGAUUUGUGAAUGUGUUGGUGCGGCAAGCGAAUAUAAAGUAGGAGGACAUUGUGACCCUAAAAUUUUUCAACAGAACUGCUUCACUAAUAUCGAUCAGCACAUCCCUUGUAAACAAACCUCUUGUAGCUUCGCUGAAAUUGAGCAUCCGCCAUUUGUGACAUGGUCCAUAUGCUAUAAUGUGUUCGGUUUCUUUUGGUUGACAUUCUUCAUUGCGGCCUUUAGUGAUAUGGUGUUGGCACUUACUUUCGCAACUUGGUACUGGACCUUCAGGAAGCGAGAGGUGCCCUUCUUUACACUAGGACGGGCUUUCCGUCAAACCAUCUUCUAUCAUCUCGGCACUUUGGCGUUUGGCUCAUUAAUUCUUGCCGUGUGUCGCAUGAUACGCGUGGCUUUGGAAUAUAUCGAUUCUAAACUGAAGAAGUACGACAAUUCAGUAACACGAGCCAUACUGUGCUGCAUGAAAUGCUUCUUUUGGUUACUUGAAACUUUCUUACGCUUUCUGAACCGCAACGCGUACAUCAUGUGUGCUAUACACGGCAAGAAUUUUUGUGCCAGCGCCAAAGAUGCUUUCAAUUUGAUUAUGCGUAACUUUUUGCGAGUAAUCGCCGUUGAUAAAGUCACUGAUUUCUUGUUCUUUUUAUCGAAAUUAUUAUUAACUGCUGCUGCUGGCGUUGGUACCUACUUCUUUGUGGUACGUAGUCCACAUUUAAUACAACUGCACUAUAAUGCUGUGCCAGUAACGAUUGUUGUGUUAGCGGCUUUUAUUAUGACAACCGUCUUUUUUGGCGUCUAUUCUAUGGCGGUGGAUACACUCUUCCUUUGUUUUCUGGAGGACUGUGAACGCAAUGAUGGCUCGGCAGAAAAGCCUUUCUAUAUGUCGAAACAGUUAAGGCGAAUAUUAGGCAAAAGAAACCAGUUACCACGUCCUAUGAGUAGUAGUUAAGAAACAACCUUUACAAUAGGUUAUGCUCUUUGGUGCUUGAAGUUGACGAACCAUAUUAUUGCUUAGUGGGUAAAUCUAUAGCGCAGAUAUUUUAUGAAAAUUAUUUAUAUUUGUAUAAAUAUACCGGCUUUGUUGAUAUUCGUGUCAGUGGACAUUAAAGUUGGAAAGUUUUUGAAAAACUGGAAAAAGGUUGUGUGAAAACCAAUGGCAAUAUAAUCUAAUUACAUAAAUAUAUACUUACAUAUGCAUACUCAAAAGAAUUUGUUAAGAAAAAAUGCAAUAUGAAAUAUAAUG